UGUGGUGACAUUCAUGGUCAGUUUUACGAUCUAAUGAAGCUCCUUGAAGUCGGUGGAGAUCCAUCGGCGACACAAUACCUUUUCAUGGGCGACUACGUCGAUCGAGGCUGUUUCAGUAUGGAGUUGAUGGGUAGUAUCACCUCGACAGUUGCCAUUUCUUCAACCAAUUCCCAAAUUGUUGUACUUUUGCAAAUGGAGAUGUUGGUUUCAACUCUUUACGGAGCGCCACCGACUCUUUCGUCUUCUUCCAGUAGAAAAUUAGGUUUUGAUGUCCUUCAAAGGCAGUCUCGAUGUGGCUCCUCUAGACGUAAUUGA